UGAAAAUUCUGACAGAUGGUAUAUAAGGACGAAGAGAGGAGGGGCGGAACGGAAUCUUCACAAUCCCGCUCUCGUCAAGGUUUAGGGUUUAACAGCAGGCUCUCAAAUUCCAUUCUCUCUUUCCUUUCUCUGCGCCUUUGCUUUGCGCUUCUACUUGCUGGACCAGGGACCAUGGCUAUGGCAGCUGCCGCAGCUGUGGCCUCCCAGGGCCUGGUUGCAGCAUCAACCCAGCAGCAGAAGAAGACGUCCGCCAAGUUGAGCUGCAAUGCUGCUCCUGUGUUUUCGGGGAAGAGCUUUCUCAGGGUGAAGAGCGGUAGCAACGGCGCAGUGAGAGUGCGCAAUGUUGGGGUGCGGUGCGAGGCGCAGGCUAUUGAGAGAGAGUCUGUGAAGGCGGACACGGGCUCUGGUCGCGAGGAGGACGCAUUCAGUGGGCUGAAGCAGGUGUGCGCUGUAUUGGGUACGCAGUGGGGCGACGAAGGAAAGGGAAAACUUGUGGACAUCUUAGCCCAGCGCUUCGAUGUUGUUGCUCGUUGUCAGGGGGGUGCAAAUGCUGGUCACACGAUCUACAACGACAAGGGCGAGAAGUUUGCACUUCACUUGGUACCUUCAGGGAUCCUUAAUGAGAAAACGACGUGCGUAGUUGGCAAUGGAGUAGUGAUUCAUCUUCCAGGAUUCUUCAAGGAGAUCGAUAACCUAGAGUCUAAGGGUGUCAAUACCUCCGGCCGACUGCUUGUGUCUGACCGUGCGCAUCUGCUCUUCAACCUGCACCAAGAAGUCGAUGGUCUACGUGAAGCCGAGCUAGCAGGCCAAAUGAUUGGGACCACUAAGCGUGGAAUUGGUCCCUGCUAUGCUAGUAAGGCCAUCCGCAAUGGUAUCAGAGUAGGUGAUCUUCGCCACCUCGAUACAUUCCGGGAAAAGCUGGACAUUCUUUUCCGUGAUGCUGCUGCUCGGUUCAAGGGGUUUGAGUACUCUGCCGCAGCAGUGGAUGCCGAGAUGGAGAUGUAUGUCAAGUAUGCUGAGAGGCUGGAACACUACAUUGUUGACACUGUGGAUUAUGUCAACACUGCUUAUGCUGAAGGCAAGCGCAUCUUGAUUGAGGGAGGCCAGGCUACCAUGCUCGAUAUUGAUUUUGGAACAUAUCCUUUCGUCACAUCCUCAAAUCCUUCUGUUGGAGGAAUUUGCACUGGUUUGGGAAUGGCACCCAACCGCCUUGGUGACAUUGUCGGUGUGGCGAAGGCGUACACAACCCGUGUGGGCUCGGGGCCUUAUCCUACAGAGCUCUUUGGGGAGGAAGGAGAGGAGCUCCGCAAGGCUGGGUUUGAGUGGGGAACCACCACUGGCAGGCCUCGUCGCUGUGGCUGGCUGGACAUAGUCGCCCUAAACUUUGCCUGUACCAUAAAUGGCUUUACUGCCAUCAAUCUCACGAAGCUUGACGUUCUAUCUGGGCUGCCUGAGGUAAAGUUGGGAGUUGCCUACAGAACUCAAUCUGGCGAGAAGCUGAGGUCGUUCCCAGCUGAUCUAUCUAUCUUGGAGCAAGUCGAGGUUGAGUACGAAACCUUGGAAGCUUGGAAAGAGGACAUCACGAAAGUGAGAUCAUAUGCCGAGCUGCCAGUUGCUGCUCAGAAAUAUGUGGAGAGGAUAGAAGAACUUAUUGGAUUACCAUGCCAGUAUAUUGGUGUGGGUCCUGGGCGAGAUGCAUUGAUUGUGAAGCAGUAGUUGCUGCCUUAGCCGUAGAGAGUUUCCAGCUGCUGGAUAUGUGUAGUGCUGGGGCUUCCAAGAUUGUUUGAUCUCUUUACUAGCCACAUCAUUUUGAUGUGCCACUUGUCACUCAUUUUGGUAUUGCUCUUUAAUAAACUAGUCUUUCCUUUUCCCUUUUA